AUGCAGUUUCCACUAUUUCAUCUGGCUUCAUUGCUACCGUUCUGGCCCCCGAAGGAGAGGCCGCCAAAAUUCAACUUCACGCGUGGAGACGACGUGUUUUCGCCAAUGGAUAUGGUGUCAAUGAAAAAAACAGGAGCGGGCAUCGCCAAUCCGACAGGGGAUAUGUUCUUGCUCCCCAUUAAGACCUACAAUGAAACAGAAGCAGAGUAUCAGCAUUCGAUGCUACUUUCGUCACUGGGAAUGGCUGUCCAGCAAACUCAUGAGUUUACGCUCAGCGACAGAGAUUCCGUAUUCUGGCUUGACUCGCGUACCAUUGCCCACAUCGUCCAUAUCGAGACGGAAGACUAUCCGUAUGAGAAGUACAACUUGAAGGCGCUGAGUCUUGACUUGGGGCUGUAG